AUGGCAGCCAGAAAACCCACCUUCAACCAGCAGAUCCUCAUCGACCCGACGCCGCUGCCAGAUUCGAUCCCCAAAGUCAAGGAGGUCGGCGCCAGCUCUGCCCCUCUUCUCUCGGCUGCUUUCUUCAUCGGCGCGCGGUGCAAGGACUACAAUGAUGACUACAUGCAAUGCAAGACUGUGAACCCCGGAAAGGGCGAGUUUGAGUGCCUGAAGGAGGGGCGGCGGGUCACCAGAUGCGCCCGGAGCGUCAUCGAGGAUAUCAACAAGUCAUGCCUGGAGCAGUUCCGCGCCCACUGGACAUGUCUCGAGAACAACAACCAUCAGCUUUGGCAGUGCCGCCCCGAUGAGUGGAAACUGAACAAGUGUGUUUUCGACAACCUGAAGCUCGAGAAGGUCAUUCCUGACCAGCCCAAGCAGUCAACACCCGUCCACCUCAGACAGAAGCAGAUCUAUGCCCACUCACCGGUCCCGGCGUGGGAGAAGCCAUUCAUUGCUGAGAAGUCCCAGUCCUCCUAA